AAUCAUCCAUGAAUAAGUUGCAGCUGUGCUUGAAAAUCAGCUUCUGCUUGUUAAUGACAAGCAUCUUCUUGACAUGCAGCGUUCUGCUCUUAGAUAUUUCGGAUGACUUGAAAAAGCAGAACAAUGACAACGCGAUGAUGAACAUCACUGAGAAUCCAGAUGGUUGCAAAAUUAUCAUCUAUCAAGUCAGACCUUUGGAUAUGUGCGUCGCUCUGGGCCGUUUAAAUGACCUGCCCGCCUGCGUUCGUUACAUGAAUGAAAUUCUGAAAAAAGUUUUAAUUCAGAGUGUAAUCAAAGCAAACCAGUCCAAAGUACUUGCAAUGUAAUAUUGC